UAGACAGAAAAUGAUUCUCUUCUCGCGCUUCAUGCUGCUGCGAAUGAUAGUGGGAGAAAAGAUUGUCAAAAUGGUUAUUUUUUAACUCAAUAAAGUUGAGAGAGAGAGAGAGAGAGCAAAUAUCAGAUCAUGUGCGAUGGGGGCCUCGUCAUUCCUUUCUGGCACAUUUCCAGUUCAGCAACAGCUGCAGCUUCUGCUACUGCCUCCACCUUUGAGUUUUGGCCUCCCCCCAUGUUCAUGUCGUCUUCUUGUUCACAUCCCCAACCACCUUAAAGAACAAAGUUGAAACCUUUCCCCAUCUCUCUCACUCUCUUUUUCUGAGUGUGUGUGUGUGUCUGUGAGCUGAAUAGCUAAUGGACCCAAGAACCCGGCUCGACUACGCUCUGUUCCAGCUGACCCCAACUCGGACCAGGUGCGAUCUUGUGAUAUUUUGUGGGGGCAAGACGGAGAGAUUGGCCCAUGGCCUGUUGGAGCCGUUCCUCGGCCACCUGAAGUUCGCCAAAGAUGAGAUUUUGAAAGGAGGGUAUUCCAUCACUCUUCGUCCGCCGCCUCCCCAAGAUGCCUCCAGCUGGUUCACCAAAGCCACCUUUGAGAGAUUCGUGCGCUUUGUUGGCACACCAGAGAUUCUUGAGAGGUUCAUCAAUCUGGAAAAAGAGAUAUCACAGAUUGAGAGUUCGUUUCAAGCUAAUGAACUCGGGAAGCCCCAUGUAUCUAGACAAGGAGAGCAAGGGAGUCCUACAGCUUCCAAUGGCAACUCGGUGAAGUCGAGUGAUUCCUCUAAGGGUGAGAUUGCAGAAAAUGAGGAUGCCGCACAAGAAGAGAACUCUAGGAUCCGUCUCCAACGUGUCCUGGAAACCCGGAGAUCAAUGCUACUUCGAUCACAGGCGAUGGCGUAUGCACGUGGACGGGCUGCUGGAUUUGAUAUGGACAACAUGGACGAGCUCAUUGCUUUCUCUGAUGCAUUUGGGGCUUCUCGUUUAAGAGAAGCGUGCAUUGAGUUCAAGGAACUAUGCAUGAAGAAGCAAUCUGAUGUCCCGUGGAUGGAGGAGCUAUCUGCUAUGGAGGCCUAUUCUUCUUCAGAACUCUCGUUCCCAGCAACCUCGGGGAUUAUACUCACAAGUGAGAUGAACUAUCAGACCAGCGAUAAUAACCUUGUUCCCAAUGGAUCUCCCGAUGCAUCAAAGCAAGAAACCAUGAAUGCUGGUUCCAAUGGCAAAAAAGAUGAUGUUGGAAACAAAAUUCAGAUGCAAAUGCCAUGGCCAAACCAAUUUCCUCCUUACAUGUAUCCCGUUCAUCAAAUGCCUCCAUAUCAAGGCUACCCUUUCCCAAUUAUGCCUCCAAACGGUCUAAAUGAUCCUAGGUGGUCAUUUAAUUCAGAAGGGGCCUAUCACGAUAUGAAAGGAGAAAUGAAGUCCAAGUCCAAGUCAUCGAAAAAAGAGCGGAAUAUGCACAAGGAAGAGGAAGAUGAUGAUGAAGAUGUGGAUUCAGAAGAAGACUCACAAAACACAUAUAGUGAAUCUGAUGGAGAGAAAAGGCAUUCUUCGACGGAACAUUCACACCGGAAAAAGCACAAGAAGAAGUCUUCGAGAACGGUUGUAAUCCGAAACAUCAAUUACAUUGCUUCUAAAGAUGAAGAGAAACAAGAUGGAGUUUCUCAUGAUUUUUCCUCCUCGUCCUCUGAGGAUGAGUUUUCUCUUAAGAAAAAAGUAGAGGAAGCUGUUGGAGUUUUCAAGAAAAAUCACAAGUCCAAGAGGCACACUCAUAAAAAGUCGGAAGGAUCAAACAACACGACUGAGCCUGAACAAGAGACUGAAGGUACUACUGCUUCUACAGGGAAGAGCACGGAUGAGCAUUGGGAUGCUUUUCAGAACCUUCUCCUGAGAGAAAAGGAGGAACCCAGUUUGAAUCCAGAAAGGCAACUCGAGUCUUCUCGGGACGAGCAUUUCGCGAUGGGGAGCUUUGGGGAUGAAGUGUCAGGUGGAACUCAGAGAUUCACAGUGCAACGAAAGGUCACGGAUGAUUCCUUAGUCAUGUCAGAGAGGACCAGAGAAGAUGAACUCAAUGGCAAUUCGAUUGAUUUUGGAAAUGGAGAGAAUCUCCGACCUGUUCUGAGAAGAAGGGAAUUUGCAGAUGAUUUGGUGUUGUUAUCAGGAUGCUUUGAGGGAUCAGAAAAACUUCAUAAUGCAUUACCUGAUUCUAAUGCGGAUUCAUCGUUGGUCAAGACUCGGAGGUCCGAUGAUGGCUUUAUCAUACAUACAGCCGCGAAAACAGAAAGUGGGGAUGUGAACGUUAAACAAGUUAUAUUCGACGGUGAUUUCCUCAAUAGUAUGGAGAAAAGUCGAAAAGACCCUCAGGUCGAUGAUUCCUUCAUGAUACAUGAUAGAACAUCCCUCGAUGAUUCAAGGGACAUAAGCAUGGUUUUGGAAUAUAUGUCAGCAUCUCAUACAGAAAAUGCUGCCAAUGCAGAGGCUUUGGAAGACAAACACAAGGGGUCGACAACUUAUGAGCCCGAUGACCUUUGUGUGGUUCUCGAACGACAUGAUGGAGGGGGCUCAAACAGGGUUUCUUGGACCUCGGGCUAUGAUGUUGAUUUCUCGUUGGCUGAAGCUGAGAAGUCCCCAGCCAAGGAAGUGCAUGAUAAGACUCCCGCUUCUUCUGAUAAGAAGAUAAACAGUGACAAGAAGAAAGAGUCUUCUGCAGGAAAAGAUGCGAGAUCGAAGGUUAUGAAUAGGUCUCCACUUGGGAAAACCAAACCUGAGGCAAUUAGUAGGGUUAAGAAGCCGACUCUUAUGAAUAGGACUGCUGCACAGAAGAGCAAGUUUGAGAAGGAAGAAGAGGUUCGAAAAAGAAUGGAAGAAAUGUUGCUCGAACGGCAGAGGAGAAUUGCUGAAAGAACUGCAGCCAGUGGCUUAGCUACUCCUGUGAAGAAAUCUCCUGUGGAAAGCAAAACAACCAAAACUUCCACCCAGACUGAAAGGACCAAGUUGCAGAAUCGAGCAAUGAAAGUUUAGACACAUAUUACCUCAUGUCUGUGAAAUCAAGAGGAGAGGCAGAACUACUGGAGGUUGCAGGUUCUAAUGAAGAAAGUUGUAGAGAAGCUCGAAGGACGGCCACCAUUGUCAUCGUGUAUGUAUCAUAUUAUUCACUUUUUAGUUAUUUUUUCACGAGUUUGUUACAUUUACUGUUGCCAAUAUAUAUUCAUAAGAGUGUUCAGCCUCGGGUUAAUUUUUUUUUGUUGGCUGGUAUUGGAUGGGCAUAAUUCAUUCAAGAAAUAGAGCUGUGAAUAAAGCUUUCGUGGUGAAAGAGAUGUAAAUUGAAAGAGCUGUCGAUUGUAUCGUUGUGUACGUUACUGGAUUUGUUUCGAGAACAUUUUGGCAGUCGGUGUAUGAAAAUUGUUGCGGGUUUAUGGCUCUUUUCAUUUUA